UCAGCGCACGUAACUACGCCUCUCGUUCAUUGCAGGGACUGUCGUGCAGCUUACCCCUCACCUGAUCUGCACGGUGCAAGACUUGCCCUCUUGAGAGCGAUUUGGAUCAUGUCAAGUUCGCGGACACGAAGUGUCAAGUACUUCGAUGCUCAUUGGGGACUGCCAGGCGGCAAGGUCAGCAAGGUCGUGCAUGCCCUCAAGCUUACCACAACAUGGACCAAAACCCAGACGAAAGCAACGUAGAGCUGAACGGCAUCAACUACUACAACCUCCUCGAAGGCCCCGACAGUGGCGACAAAAGUGCACCAUGCGUUCUCCUAGUCCAUGCGCUGAUGUCAAACCUUCACAUGUGGGAUGCGACAGCCAGAACCCUGAAUGCCGCUGGCUACCGAACACUUCGCUUCGAUCAUGUAGGGCACCACAACACACCACCAGCCCAUGGCGUAGAAGCAAGCUACCACAUGGACGAGCUAACACGGCAUGCUCAUCAGCUGGUCAAGGAGCGGACAGGCCAGUCUGCCGUGGAAGCCGUUGUUGGCUGCAGCAUCGGAGGGGCGAUCGCAUGGCGGUACGCAAUGCUGUUCCCAGACGAUGUCAAGAGUGUCAUCUCGAUCGCCGCGCCCGGUAUUUUCUCGCCGGAGGCCGCUAAACCAUUAUGGACUGAGCGCAUCAAGCAAUUCGAGGAAGACCAACAGACUGGCGGUGACACGCUUUGUCACCUGACCGUAAAUCGCUGGGUUCCGGGUGAUAGACCAGAAGACGACGCCAUGCGAGCUAAGGCGCUGACGCAUGUCAAGACGUGUUCGCUUCAAGGCUACAAGAUUCUGGCGGACACGAUCCGUAACUACGACUAUCGCGCCGAAGCAGCCGAGAUUGGCAAGGUCAGAUGCUUGGUCGUUGCCGGCGCAGAGGACACCGCUGGUAAGCCGGAUGUGCUGGAGGAGGUCGCGGGGACGAUACCAGGUGCUGAAUACGUUGUUAUGCCGAGGACCGGGCACUUGCCGCCAAUGCAGAAGCCCAAAGAGUUUGGUGAAAUUAUGUUACGCUUCCUUGGCGUGUCAUCAGCGUAGGGUGGGACAGACAUGUACUUUACAUUAUCUGGCCUGUCUGUCAAGUGUUGUCGAGACGACAGCGGGUGUCUGUGACGAGUACGGUCUUGUAGUACACCAGUCCUUACGGCUGUACUCUUCACAGGCAUCUCAAGCAUCUCAUGCUUCCCUCCGCAAAUCCAUUUGCACUGUCCUGGCAAGGGUAUAACGAAGGCGCAUACGGUACUAGACAAAUGAGGAGUCAUCGUAUCCGUAGCGCGACGUCAAGAG